AUGUGCAGUAGUCAGAUCCUUCUGCAGCAGAUAUAAUGGAGCAUCCCUCCACCUCCUCCUUGUGCUGAAGCUUACCCUUUUUUCCCCCCACUCCUUUAUUUUUCCCAUUUCUGUUUCAUUUCAUCCCCCUCCUGUACAGAAGAAAGGACAGAGGAGGGGGUGUGAGAGGGGCAAAACAUAGACCCCCCUCAAUUUGAGCAACAUACAAAAAGGGGGAGCAAGGUACAAAGGGGGAGAUCCCAAUUUGCUACUUAGAUCACCCUCCCUCCCCCUUCACCCUGGUUUACAGGAGCCAUGAACAAAAUGCAGAUGGAGGAAUAGGCAAGAAAGAAAGAGAAAAAUAGAGGUUGAAGAAACGCACAGUCCACCCAUCUUCUGGACUUGAAGUCUGGCUUCUCAUGUCUUUUCUGUUACAGGGAAGGAAGAGGAUUAGCCUCUCUACUUGCUCUUACCCCAUUCUCAUCCAUUUUCACUUAAAAUUUGGGGAGAAAAAAUAUUCUCCCUUUUUUCAUAAAGGAAGGAUUCAUUUUUAUAUCUUUGAGAUUUGGAUUUUGCAUUUUUUUAUUGAGGGGCUGCAGGAAUUAUAAGACCUCCCCCACCCCCAUCCCUUUCCCCCUCCAUCCAAAAAACCCUCUCCACUCCAUGGUCCAGGUGGAAAUGUUGAGUUUGGGGAGAGAGAGCUGGAUUGGAGCAAUUCUCUCAGCUUUGGCUACACUCCUGCUUGUCUGUUCUGCACAAAGCCCACAUACUGGGAAUAUAUCUGUGGUGAAGAAAACUGUGGACAAAUUAUUGAAGGGAUAUGACAUCCGCCUGCGGCCAGACUUUGGAGGUCCUCCAGUCACUGUGGGGAUGAGUAUACAUAUCUCCAGCAUUGACCAGAUAUCAGAGGUCAACAUGGAUUAUACCAUCACCAUGUAUUUCCAGCAGAGCUGGCGUGAUAAGCGUUUGGCUUACACUGCACUUCCCCUCAAUCUCACACUGGAUAAUCGAGUCGCUGACCAGCUCUGGCUCCCAGACACAUACUUUUUGAAUGAUAAAAAGUCCUUUCUGCAUGGUGUAACAGUCAAAAACAGAAUGAUCAGACUGCACCCAGAUGGCACUGUUCUCUAUGGACUAAGAAUAACAACCACUGCUGCCUGCAUGAUGGAUCUACGCAGAUACCCUCUGGACCAACAGAACUGUACCCUGGAGAUAGAGAGCUAUGGUUACACAACAGAUGACAUUGAGUUCUUCUGGCAGGGAGGGGAAGAGGCGGCUGUGACAGGAGUACCUGCUCUGGAGUUGCCCCAGUUCUCUAUCAUUGAAACCAGACUGGUUACUAAGAAAGUUGUAUUUACAACUGGUUCCUACCCCCGGCUCUCACUGAGUUUCAGAAUCAAGAGGAACAUUGGAUAUUUUAUACUACAGACCUACAUGCCAUCCGUCUUGAUCACUAUCUUGUCAUGGGUUUCCUUCUGGAUUAACUAUGAUGCAUCUGCAGCUAGAGUCGCACUGGGAGUGACUACUGUACUCACUAUGACAACUAUAAACACCCAUCUGAGAGAAACAUUACCUAAAAUUCCCUAUGUUAAAGCUAUUGAUGUGUAUCUUAUGGGAUGCUUCGUGUUUGUGUUCCUGGCUCUCCUGGAAUAUGCCUUUGUUAACUAUGUAUUCUUUGGCCGGGGCCCUCAACAGCAGAAAAAACUGAAUGAGAGAGCAAGCAAAUCAAAUAACGAACGUCAUCGCUAUGAGGAGAGGAGAGUAAGAGAACAGGUGGAUCCUUAUGGGAACAUUCUUCUCAGCACCCUUGACAUGAGCAGCGAGUUGAUGUCAGCUGAUAUGGGAAGUAACAUUGGUGAUUCCCGGAACUCCGUCCUGUCAUAUGAAACCUCAGGGAUCCAGUUCCACAAACGGCUGACAUCUAGAGGGGACAGUUUUGGCCACACUCCCCUAGAGCGCCAUGUUCCCCUAACAGCCACACGUGGACGUGCCAACUGCCGACUUCGGCGACGCUCUUCUAAGUUAAAGCUUAAGAUUCCAGACCUGACAGAUGUCAGUACCAUCGACAAAUGGUCAAGGCUCAUUUUUCCCAUCACUUUUGGAUUUUUUAACUUGGUUUACUGGAUGUACUAUGUCAACUGAAACAUCUCCAUUGACCUUCACCCUAAGCUGUGCACACCCUUCCUUCCACAGGACACAAGCUUCACCUAAGUCUCUCACCUCCUCUUGCUUCAUAGUUUGAUGUUUGGCCAGAGAAAGAAGCAGUCAUUCAAGCCUACAAAGAGGGGGAAGGAGAAUUGCACUUUUGUCACACAUUUUUUUCACCAAAUUUCUUACGUGAUUUUUUUUCUCUUUUGCCUGGAAAUAGAUUAUGGCUGGGUAAUGUGGGUCAUUUUGGAUGUUAUAAUGAAGAUACUGUACCUUCUCUUGAGACUUAGUUAAGUAAGGUAAUAACAAACAGAUUAUAUGUGAGACAUCUCCAAUAUGGAGUAUGUAUUGGUAGUACAAGGUUAAUCUGAGGAAAGAAGAAUGCCAGUAAUUGUUUCUCUCUUUAUGCAGUUUUAACAUGAUUUUGCUAUAUAUUGUAAGGCUGAAAUGGCACAGACAAGUUUAUACAUGCAUGCAGACAACUCUGUAGAGCAGAAUAUCUCUAAUUGCUAACUUGACCUGCACCUAACUGCUCUGACCGAGCACCUUUGACUAAAGUAUAUAUUUAGGAAUGAUUUUGGGGUAAAAAAAAAAAAAGCCAGACACAUUUCUCAAACAAAUAAAUGGAAAGGCACAGCUAAACAAAAACAACAAUAAUACUAGUUAAAGGGUUUGGACUAGUAGACUGUCAUACAUAACUACAAAGAAAAAAUGUUCACGAAACACAAAUUUGCACAUUUUAAUUUAUUAUAUACAGUGCUUAUAUUUUUUAUGUUUUGUUUAAUUAAAGUAGACAAAACCCAUCAAAUUAAAUGGUGCAAAUUGCUGUCCUUUAGUCAGAUGCCAUAGAUUCCAAACCAUAUAUCAGAGAAUAUGUGUGUAUUUUUCCUAAAUGAAGUCAAGAUUAGAACAGUGCCGGGAGAUGGUAUAUGUAAUAUACUAAGUGCCAAUAAUUUUAUAAGCUAAAAAAUAAACUGAACAUAUUCUGGUUAAUUGUUACACAA